AUGGCAGCUCAAAAAUUCAAAAGUCUGACAAUCGUGAUCUCUAAAAUUAAUUCAUCUGUUGGAAAAUUUGGUUUUUCUUGGUGUCUGUCUCUGUCUCUCUGUCUCUCUGUCUCUGUCUCUGUCUCUCUCUGUCUCUCUCUGUCUCUCUGUCUCUGUCUCUGUCUCUCUCUGUCUCUCUCUGUCUCUCUGUCUCUCUGUCUCUCUGUCUCUCUGUCUCUGUCUCUCUGUCUCUGUUUCUCUAUUUCUCAAACCGACCAAACCAAUUCAUCUGUCUCUGUCUCUCUGUCUCUCUCUGUCUCUCUGACCCAAUUUGAAGAGGCGGGUGGCAGGAUGAGCGGGUCGAGCGAUGAUGGCGCGGCGCAGGCCGUGCUGGCCUACCUGCGUGGCUUGGAUAUAUCCGGCACAGACUUUUCGGAGCAAACACUGUCCAAUACGGAUAUUCGCCGGUUGCAAGAGCUCCGCUGGCUGAAAGUGGACAAGAGCGGUAUCGGCAUGGUGCCCUCGGCCAUCAAUCGCCUUCCCAAGCUCGAGCACUUGACUGUCACACGCAACGAGAUCAUGUCCAUCGGCCCCAGCAUUGCCGAGCUUACCAAUCUGCGCAUCUUUCGAGCCAGCCACAACCAGCUCGAGUCGGAGGACAUUUCCUCUGACUUCCACAACAGCCUCUCCGACUUGCCCUUGUCACUUUUGGCACGCCUGACAGACCUGCGCACGCUCAACUUGAGCAACAAUCGCUUCAAGGCCCUGCCCCAAGCCUUUCGACGCCUCGCUGCGUUGCGCACCCUGGACCUAAGCUACAACCCCCUCGAGUUUGAUCGCCUUCGCCGCUUGGGCAGCCUGGAGCACCUGGUCCGUUUGGAUCUGCGAGGCACCCAUCGUGGCCUGGCUCGUCUGCCGGUCGAGCUCUUGGACCUGCUCCACCUGACCCACCUCGACAUUAGCGACAAUGGAUUCCAAACUUUUCCAGAGGUUGUUUUACACAUGGUUCAGCUCGAACGCCUCUACCUGGCCGAUAACGAAAUCCAGAGUCUUCCACAUGAUCUUGGAAAUUUGACCAAGCUUCGUGUUUUAAAUCUGGCGCGCAACCAGCUUCGCGGCCUCCCUGGCUCCAUCGCCCGGCUCAAAUCGCUCAAGCGCCUCAUGGUUGGCGGCAACGAAAUUGCUGCCCUCCCAGAGGACUGGCUGCCUUUGGAAGGCUUGGAAUAUGUGGAUCUUGCCCACAAUGAGCUUGAGAGCAUGCCAGCGUCCGUAUUUUUGCUGCCCAAGCUGCGAGUGAUGCGUUUGGAUCACAACAAGCUCCGCACACUACCGGGCGCCGUUUACAAGGCCACCAAGUGCCUUGCGGGCUUGGGCCUCACCACCACAGGCAACCCUGGCUUUCGCAUGCCACGACGUGACGUCAUUCGUCUGAAAGAACAGCAUCAAUGCUACGGCGUGGACUUGCAACAGGCCGCUGACGUGGCCUUGCCUAGCCUUCGCUCGCGUUCGCGCAUUGAGCUCAGCAUUGCAGCAGCCACCGCGACUGACCAGCCUCCUUCCCCCACCAAGAACAUCAAUCCAAUCAAACAUCGCUCACAUGACGACGAAGACGAGUCUCGCUCGCAAGCGAUUUUGGAGGCCAUGCGCGGCCAGUCGGGCGUGACAGAGAUGCGCUCCACAGCCCCAGAGGUCAUGUCCGUGGAAGAAGAAGUGGUCUCUGCUCAAGCUGCAGAGGCUGGAGACGAUGUCUCGACGCAUGCCCACCGCAAGGCUCGCAAACGCUGGGAGCAACGGCUCGGCGCGCCCCGCGUCGACUGUCGCGAGCUGUUUGGCGAGGAGAUUGAAGACCACGAGGGCAUCACUGUGUGGCGCAUCGAGGACUUUGUCCCUGUCCACAUCCCCAAACACGAAUAUGGCUAUUUCUACGAUGGGGAUUGUUACAUCGUCUUGAGCUCGCAACUUGACGAAAACAAGGACAUUGUGCACCACAUUUUUUACUGGAUUGGCGAAGAUUCAACCCUGGACAAACAGGCCAGCGCGGCCAUCAAUUCGGUGCACCUCCGAAACUUUGUUCAGGCCCUCAACGCUUCUCAACGCGAGGAACAAAACGAAGAAUCUGCCGAGUUUGCCGCAGUGUUUGGUGGCACGCUUGAAUAUGUUGCGGGCGGCACUGGAACUGGUUUUUUUGCCACGGAAGCUCCCGUGCGCCGUACUCGCUUGUAUGCACUGUUGGUCGAAGGAGCAGGCAUUGCCGCUCGGCCCGUGCCCUGUACAAGCAGUGAGCUACGGGCUGAACACGUCUUUGUGCUGGAUCACGAUGAGAGCAAAACCAUGUAUCUCUACUUUGGUGCGCGCGUUACGAGCGUGCAGCGUGCCAAGGGCCGCCUGUUUUGCCAGCGUGCCGUCACCGCUGAACAGACGGGUACCUUUGUCACGGUGGAGGGCGAGGACGUACCGGCAGCUUUUGCCGAGGCUAUGGGGGAGAGUGUGAGCCAAGUGCAGGCAAACAUCACCCGCCACACAAGCCCAGCUCCAUUGCACGCCAGUUGCAAGCAGUUGUGUAAACUGCACGUUUUGCGCAUGGUCCAUCAAGCCCUUGAACUGCCUCAAGUGGUGGCCGCCGGGCAGAACCUGCGUCGCGAAAUGCUUUCCACCGACGCGGUCCACAUCUUGGACAGCUACUCGGACCUUUACAUCUGGAUUGGCCGCAAAUCGGCCCGUCUACUGCGAGCAGCCGGCGUGCGCGUUGCAGAGGCCCUGGCCAAAGUCUUGCCUCGCCCAGAGCAUUUUGUGCUGCAUCGCGUGCUGGAAGGCAACGAGACCAUUUUCUUCAAGAGUUUGUUCCAGGGCUGGGAUGACGUCAUUCGUCAAGACUACCGGGCACGCGAUAUCCAGGACAUUGAGAGCAAGGCUCUGAGCCGUAUGCUGCUGAGCAAGGCCGGCCACGCACCAAGCGGGCGUCAGUUGGGAACAGAGUUCGGCGAACUAGCAACGGCCGCUCGGCAGCUGGGACACAGCCAGGUGAUGGACACGUUCCAGCCGGCCCACGUUCAGGUGGAUGAUCUUUUCACACCGCGUGCGGAGACGGUGAGCGAGACCCGAGCGCAAGACUUGGAGGACAAAUUUCUGGACGCGCUGGAAACCUGUGACGUCUUUCGCUUCACCAACGAUAACUUUGUGAAGAUGCCCAAGGAGGAGAGCUACCACUUUUUCAGUGGCGAGUGCUACUUGUACAUUGUCGUGUACUGGCGGCCUGUACCCCAGGCGGCGGCCGAGGCGGCAACCAAGGGCGAGGACGAGGAGGAGGAUGAGUUUGAAGAAGAGGAGGAGGAGGAAUUGCACAGCCUCGCCUUUUUCUGGCAGGGACGCGAUGCCUCAAAGCGGGCAUGGAUGAACUUCAACUUUAGCGAGCUGCGCAACAAGGUGGUGCAGCGCGUCCGGCAAACCAAGGGAUGCAAUGUGGAAAUUCGUUUCGAGCGACAAUACCAGGAAUCGUUUCAGUUUCUUUCGCUCUUGGGACGCAAGGGCGUUUAUCACCGUGGCACCUGCAAGCAAUUCCGAGAGGAUUUUUCGCCACGCCUCUACCGCUACCACGCCUGGCAGCCGCGCGUGUAUUCGCGCUGUGUGGAGGAGGAUGUAGACGCACGACUAAUGAGCUUGGAAGAUUGCUAUGUGCUCCGAGUGCCCUUUGACCCCAAGCCGGAUGGCAGUCCGAACGGCGGUAUCAUCUACGUCUGGCUGGGCUCGCAAUCGGCUGAGGACGUUCAGCGGGAAGCCAUGGACAUUGGGGCCCUGGAUUUGUGGGGCGAGAACUACGCCGUAAACCGGGUAGUGCCUGGGCAGGAGCCAGAGCGCUUCUUCUGGACCACGCUCAAAAUGACCAAGCCCAAUGGGGUUGCACCAUGCUUUCUUGCGUGCCCACAGCUGUCUCAAGCUCGUGUUUUCUCCUGCGGCGCUGCCGAUGGCUAUUUUUCCGUGCAAGAAAUAUCGCAGGCUUACUGCCAGGAUGACUUGGAGGAAGAGAAAGUGGUGGUCAUCGACGGCGGGGCGGAAACCGUGUACCUGUGGGUUGGCCCUUAUGCCAGUGAGGUUGUGAUCAAGCUGGCCUAUUUCUCUGCACGGGAAUACAUUCGGCGACAGCCGCCUCAGCGAAACUUGGACGCGGAAAAGUCACUGGUGCGCGUGCAAACGGGUCAGGAGCCGUUUGCCUUGCGACAGCUGUUCCAGGGGUGGGCUCAGCACCUUCAUCGCGGUCGAGAUCUGGCACGUCCGCUUGAGUUUUUGGGCCGCGUCCUUGAUGCCGACUAUCAGCGCCAAUGCUAUGAGCAGAUGACCCCCGGUAUGCCCAGCGGCCUGUACAGUGCACUGCAAUGGCGUGGUGUGAGCGGUGUGGGGCAAUGGCACGCGUGCAACUCAUAUGUGCGUUUGCCUCUUUUCUAG